UGUUGAUGCGGGGAGGUUUUGGGGCUUUACAUCUCCAAUAUCAUACUUAUUAUCAACUUGUUGAGAAUGAACAAUCAAAUUUAUUCUUGGAAGUCUUUUGCUUCGUUUUUAGAUCCCCCUUGAUCGCGAGGAAGUGAUAUUUGGUAUUUAAUGAAGUUUGUUUUGUGUAAACAUGGCUGAGGAUAAUAUGGAGUACAAUAAGGCAGUAGAAGAAAUCAGGAAGCAUGAAUAUCCCAUGCUCAAAGGUAAUAAAAAUUGGAAAUAUGUAUAUGCCAUGCUAAUAGAACUUCCAGAUGCCGUUUACCUUGAUCAUGCCGGUACAACUCUUUACUCAAAGUCCCUUAUGGAGAGAUAUAUGGCCGAUAUGAUGUCAAACUUAUACGGGAAUCCACAUUCUGCCUCUACAUCCUCACAGUUAUCGACUUCGCGCAUUGAGAAUACUCGUCUGAGUGUUUUACAGUUCUUUAAUGCCGAUCCGGCAGACUUCGAUUUAGUGUUUGUGGCAAAUGCUACGGCUGGAAUUAAACUUGUUAUGGAUGCGUUCAGAAGUCAACCAGGUGGAUUUUUAUAUGGGUAUCAUCAAGACUCGCACACUAGUCUUGUUGGAGUGAGAGAAGAUGCUGCUUCAAGUCGUUGUCUAGAUGAUGAUGCUGUGGAGCUUUGGCUAUCUGGGUCAGAAAAUCUUGUAACGAAGAAACAUGAUGCUGAGAUUGGACUUUUCGCAUAUCCAGCACAAUCAAACUUAGAUGGUAGACGACUACCGUUAUCUUGGCCGGAAAAGGUGCGGGAUCUUACCUGUCGGACUCAGUCAACCACAUAUACAUUACUAGAUGCUUCUGCCCUAGUUUCUACUUCUCCGCUAGACUUGAGUGAUGCUAGAAAGGCGGCAGAUUUUACAGUUCUUAGCUUCUACAAGAUAUUUGGAUUUCCUGAUCUAGGUGCAUUGAUCGUGCGGAAAGACUCUGGGUCGAUACUUCAAACGAGAAAGUAUUUUGGAGGUGGAACAGUUGAAGUGGUAGUCUGUUUGAAAGAGCAAUGGCAUGCACCGAAAGGACAGUCAUUCCAUGAGACCUUAGAGGAUGGUACUCUACCUUUUCAUAAUAUCAUGGCUUUGGAAGCCGCAAUAGAUGUCCAUAGAUCACUGUAUGGUUCUAUGGAGCGCAUUGCAAAUCAUACCACAUUUCUUGCACGAGAACUGUACGAAGGGUUGAAAUCUUUACGACAUUCCAAUGCCGAACCAGUGUGUGAGAUUUAUUCUCGUGGCUUUUCAUACUCAACUUCCUCCAAAGUGCAAGGACCUACUAUAGCUUUCAACGUCAAAAACAGCUUCGGGGCCUGGGUAACCAAUAUCGAAUUCGAGAGGUUGGCUUCGAUUAGAAAGUACCACAUCCGGACUGGCGGUCUUUGUAAUCCUGGUGGUGUUGCAUCAGCAUUAGACCUUCAACCGUGGGAGACGAAAAGGAAUUUCUCGGCUGGUCUCCGAUGUGGGGGAGAGACCGAUAUUUACGCUGGUAAGAUUACAGGGAUGAUCCGCGUGAGCUUAGGAGCUAUGAGCACGAUGAGUGAUGUUGAGAUGUUUCUUUCAUUUAUGGAAGAGUUCUUCGUGGACCAAACGGCCGUAUCCUCUACUAAUGAGGACACUGCCACUCCUAGGUCGGUUGACAUGUAUGUCGAAAGUCUUACAAUCUACCCAAUUAAAAGUUGUGGUGGCUUUGAGAUUCCGAAAGAAACUUCUUGGGAAGUCAGACCAGAAGGCCUUGCUUGGGAUAGGGAAUGGUGCCUUGUUCAUCAAGGCACAGGGCAAGCGCUAAGUCAAAAGCGCUACCCACGAAUGGCUUUGAUCAAACCAGCAAUCGAUUUUGAUUUAGGAUUGCUAAAAAUUCGAUAUCGAGGAUUAAGCUCCUCUAGUCUUGCGAAUGAGAUCAAUGUCCCUUUAUCUUCUGACCCAUCAUUCUACAAAACUCCAAACAAUAUUCAUUCAUUAUCAUCGAGAGUUUGUGGAGAUGCUAUCGUGGCGCAGACCUACUCUAAUCAUAAAAUUAAUGAUUUCUUCUCCAAGAUUUUGGGUGUGCCUUGUGUUUUGGCACGAUUUCCUGCUGGUGGAAGUGGCCCUUCUUCAAGACAUGCAAAGGCACACAUGCGACAGCACCAAGAACUAAAACGUCCAGUCACGAAUGAGAAGUCAACUACUGAAUCUUCUCUUAGCCCUCCGACGCCGCCCGAUUCUGAUAGUGAAAAUCGAAAGCGGCCGAUAUUACUGUCAAAUGAAAGCCCCAUACUUGCAAUCAAUAGGUCCAGUAUCGAUCUGCUAAAUGAAGAAAUAGCCAAGAGUGGUGGCAAGCUUGCUUCAGCAUCUGUCUUUCGAGGUAAUAUUGUACUGGCAUCAACCGAACCCAGUGAUCGUCAGCAUUCAUAUAGCGAGGAUCAUUGGAGGAUGUUACGCAUUGGUUCGGAAAGUUAUCAAAUGCUAGGGUCCUGUCGGCGUUGUCAUAUGAUAUGUGUUGAUCAGGAUACUGCGGAAAAGAACGAGGAGCCCUUUGUUACAUUGGCCAAGACACGUAGGUUUGAAUCGAAGGUUUUCUUCGGCUCUCAUAUGUGUCAUAUACCAUCAUCUUUGCCCUCCAAAGAGCACCAAUUCCCAGUCAUCAAAGUGGGAGACAAGGUUUCUACUGGGCUGUGAUUAGUAAAAGCUGUACAAUAUACAACAAAUCAAAUUAUAUAUUUUCCCAUGG